GGGCCCUGCACACGGGUUCGCAACAUAUCGGGUGGUGGGUACCUAAUAUCCAUAUUAGGUCACGAUCUCGCUGAAUUUGAUUUUCUUUGCUCAUUAGCAGAACCAGAAGAUCAAUUAGCCUCCGGAAUUUCCUUCUUUGAUUUGCUGUUCCAGUUUUCGGUAGCAGUUCGUUGUGAUUUUAGGGUAAAGAUCGAAUAUUCAAGAAGGAAGUUAUGAAAUUAGAAAUAUUGAUUGGAUUGCUAAGGAAUUAUAGUAUGACAUGAAGAAGUUUCUCAGGAGAAAUUUCCUUUAUUUGACAAUUCUUUUUCCUUCGUGGUAGUGUCCUUGUUGAUUGGACAAGAUGUCAGGUUAUGAGAAUGUUGUUGGUGGGAAGCUGAAACUCAAGGGUAAAGCCUUGAAUGUGAAGGCUGGUGGGAUGAAGAAGAAAAAGAAACAUAAAAAACAACAUGAUCAUGAUCAAGUUUCUCAGCUCACGGAUAAUGAGCUUUCAGCAGACAAAAACACAGAAGAAUUAUCUAUCGCGAGCGACGAUGUUAUGGAUGACAGUGGCAAAUUGAGCAAGGAAGGGAAGGCUGUUCAUUAUGAGGAUCAUCUCACACCUGCAGAGAGACGAUACAUGGAGCAGAGAGGGCAAAUUGAUGUCCAUAGGAUGGCCAAAGAAGCUAAUAAAUCGCAUCGUGAUAGGAUUCAAGAUUUCAAUCAAUACUUGGCGAACAUGAGUGAACAUUAUGACAUUCCUAAAGUUGGCCCUGGCUGAAAGGUCCACUGCCUAUCUUUGCUACUACAUAUAUCCUCUAACAGCUCAAGAAAGAGCAAGGACAGUUGUUUACAUUUUCGUCAGCUGAAUCUGAAAAUUCUUAAUUAUGUUAUGCAGCAUAUUUCUUGCCUCA